CCACUUUUCUGUGGUCCUUUGUUGAUUUGACAGUAGGACCUUAACAUAAUCAUUUCAGGUUUAAUUGCAGGGAAAGGUGUCACAUCCAACAACAUAUCCGUCCCAUCACGCAAGAGGAUCCAGUUUAACAGAAAUGACGGACUCUUUAAAUUACAGCGAAUAUGACUAUCCUGAUGAAGUCUGUGAAAAGGGAGCGGUGGUCAAAUUUGGAUCCAUUGUCAUUCCUGUCUUCUUCUCUCUUGUGAUCACACUAAGCCUCAUCGGAAACAUCCUCGUCCUUGUAAUCCUGGCUUUGUUUGAAAACCUCAAGUCUCUCACCAACAUUUUCAUCCUAAACCUGGCCAUUUCUGACCUUGUUUUCACCACCGGUCUUCCCUUCUGGGCCCAUUACCAUAUCUGGGGAUGGAUGUUUUCAGAGACCCUCUGCAAAAUUGUGACUUUUGUUUUCUUCACUGGGUUUUACAGCAGCGUCCUCUUCCUGACCGUCAUGACCAUCUACAGGUAUCUGGCUGUGGUGCGGCCUCUCCCUGACAUGAGCACUCAGAAACUCAGCUCCGGGGUUUUCGUCUCUGUCCUACUGUGGAUGAUCAGCAUUGGAGCAGCCAUGCCCUCCCUGCUCUACAGCUCCCUCGUCGUAAUCCACCACAAGGAUGAACACUCCCAAGGCUGCGAAUAUGAUGCUACCCUGUGGAAAAACAUUAGUAUCUCCCAACAGAAUCUUUUCUUCUUGGUUGCUUUUGCAGUGAUGGCUUUCUGCUACAUUCAAAUACUUAGGAAAAUCACAAAAUCAAGAUCUCACACGAAGAACAGAGCAGUUAAGCUAGUCUUCUGUAUCGUGGCUGUGUUCUUCAUCGGCUGGGUGCCGUACAAUGUUGUCAUCUUUCUGAAGAUCUUGGAUGACCAUUUGGUUCCACCAUUUCAUAACUGCGAAGCAAGUAUCCAGCUCGACUAUGCAUUCUAUAUGUGCCGGCUCAUUGCUUUCUCCCACUGCUGCCUGAACCCUGUCUUUUAUGCAUUUGUUGGUGUGAAGUUUAGGAGGCAUUUGAAGUCAAUGCUGCAUCGACUGUUCAUUUGCCAAAUGCCAGUCGAAGAACAGCAUGUUAGAGUGCAAAACUUCUCACGUGGGUCAUUGUACUAGUUGCUGUUGAGGUACAUCAUUUUCUUGCAUUCAAUUCUUCACUUCUGAUUUAAAACAUGACAAUGUCCAGUGUGUAUUUAGUAAAAUCAGUUUAAUCUCACCAUAAGUAUAGGAACUGGUUUUAGAUUUGCCGUUUGUAGCAAGCUGCGUUCAGUAUUCAAAUCUGACUUUUGCUGUUUACUACAGCGUGCAAGUGCCUGUGUUUGUCAUAAUAUGUAGUUUGUACGGGAUGCGAAUUGAAUUGUUAUUUGCUGGCACUUUAAAAGGAGGUCAUGUUUUUCAUGGGCUUGUACAAAACGUAUUAAUUAGUCGCAGUGGAUGUGGAGCCAUUAUAGCAAAUAUGUUCAUAUGAUUUAUGAUGAUGUCCAUUUAAGAUUACUUUUGUGAUGGUGAGUUCUCACUCAAAUUACUGUAAUUAUGACUUAUUCUGUAAAUGUAAUACAGUGUGUUUAAUACAGUACAGUUUUUUAAAUAUUUUUUUUAAUUAUGAAAGGAGUUUGCUAGUAAGCCCAUUGUUGUGAUGCUUGCAAGAUGUUAAAAUAGUCUGCUCUCAUUUGAGUCUAUUCAAUUUUCAAUAUUCAGGUGGCUUACAGGUGGAUUAGUGUAGAAUAGAACUUGAAGGAUAAUAAUGUCAACCAUCGCAAAAAAAUUAAGCCAUUUAAUGGUCCCAGUCAGUGAAAAGCUUUGUAAAAUAUUUGCAUUUCUUGGUCCCUGCAUUAAAAACCACAAUAACUUUUUUAAACUGAC